GAUGCAGCUGAGACAAGGUCUAUUUAAAGCGGGGAGGUGGCAGUACUGAAUUCAAAAUGUGUUUGCUCUACCUGUAAUGGAGACAAAGGAUCCAAGCAGGCUUAGCCAGGAUGCGUCUGCCCCUCAGGGAUGCCCUGAAGCGCCUGUGACAGCCUGGUUUGAAAGAAUAGCCCACUGCCACCUGCUAAAAUACUUGUUCCAGUCACUUCGCAAAGUCUUCUCCUGGGUUCACUCUGUGGUCCCUGCGGGGACCCCUGGUGGCCAAAGCCACCCUGCCCAGUCUCCAGACAGACCGGUACGGCAUGCCAGGAAGCGGCUGGGGACCCUGAGUCACGUCCUCCUUGCGUUCAUCCCUUGUCGGGUCCAGCAGGCUCUCGGAUAUCUGCCCAUCAUAGAAAGAAAGGCUGUCUCUGAAGAGACAUUGAAAAUGCCCAUCUAUCCAUCAGGCAAGGGGAACAAAAGAAAACAGGAUGACAUUGCUCUAGAAGAUCAUCUCUGCUGGGUGGAAACUCUGCAGAAAGAACUAUCAGAUGAAGAUGAUCCUGAUGACCCAAUUUAUGAGCCCGCAAAAUCGGACACGGACAGCGAAGAAUAUAAAUCUCAGAACAGCACGGAGGUAGAUCUGGAGGUCGAGGAGAAGGAUGGAAUUCUAAUGCUGAAGGAAGACCUGAGCCAGCAGGAGGGUCUGAGUAGAGGAGGAGAGGCCAGCCCUGGAGCCAGUGGGAAGGAGGCCCCGUCAUUCCGAUCUUCUGGGGAUGGAAGUGAGCAACCAGGGCAGGAGGCCCUGAGUACCAGUGGUGACCCAAGUGUAACCCCAGAGACUCCUGUUGUGGAAGCUGGAAGGAGCCUGCAAAGUCAGGACCCUGUGGAGAGGCACAUGCAGGAGGCUGCUGUGGCUUCUAGCAGUGACUCCCAAGACCAGUGGGUGGACGUGAGUGGCGAAUAAUGGAGAUCCUUGACUUAUUUCCUGGCUCAGAUGUUGCAACAUAGUGAUGUUGUCUUCUGUUGGGGCGGCUCUUCCUGAUCGGAGCCCUCUGGAAACUGGAUACGCUAUUUUUGAUACUAAAAUGUCUUGUCUAUUUUGAGUUUGCAAUAAAGCCUUAAUUUUUCA